AUGGAGCAACAGGACGCUUCAACUCUCUAUCACAACAUCAACUUCUGGGGACGAAAGAAUAUUCCAGCAGACCGUGCAGCAUUUCAGGUUCUGGAAGAGCUGGUACUUCACAGUUUCGACGCUCGGGUUGUUGGACUACUCUAUACUCGCCUCGAGCAGUGCGGCAUCGAUACCUCGGAUCAAGAUGAGGUUGACAAGGCAAUUCGGAACAUGAAUACUAGAGGCUUUAUGGACCUAGUGGAGGAUAUUCGCAGAUCCGCAUUUGAGCCGCAAGCCUGGCGACCAUCUAAGGAGCAGUAUACCAACGACACAGUCGAUGAGGAGUUCCUCAGUCACGCUCGAUAUCUUCAACAAAUGGUUGUAUACAAGACCUUGAAGUACGGUAUCAAAAACGGAGAUAUAGGACUCAUUGAUCGAGUUAUUGGUGUCUGUUGCUUUUACUUCGAGGGGACUGGACAAUCAAACUACGCAUUCGAAAUGCUCUAUCUAAAGCGGCUCACUAGCACCAAAGCUUGUGACAAGGAGCUUCGGCGCGCAAUACUCUCGAAUAGCCUCGUUAAUCCGCACGGCCGUCGGGACACCUGGCAAGAAGUCGAUCGUAGCCUUGAAUAUCUAAACCUAGAGCUGAAAAGAGAGCUUUGGGCCCGUCGAACGUCGACUUUCGGAUUAGAUGCCCUGUUCAAGACUACCUCAUUGACGGCAGAAUAUACUGUUUGUCUACGCAGGGCAGUUGAGGAUGCAUUCGCCCGGAAGGACAACUCCACACAUUCCGUGCCCUCCCCGAAAGAUGAUAUUCAUACAUUGGCCUUUGAGCUAGCAUACGACUCGAUUAAGCUCUAUGACGGCGGCAGGAAGGCAAGACAUCAAGCGCCAGACAUACAUACGGUCGGGCUCGAAAGAGUAGCAACUCAAAAAUUGGAAGUGUUCAAUGCAAAAGUUAUAAGAGAUAAAGAUCGGAUAGUUGUACCACCUUAUGAGAGGAGAGGAGCUACGGCUGAUCUAGAUCCCAAUAGCGACACGAUGGCGAUAUUGCCCUUGGCAGACAGAGAUAUAACCCAUGAAUGGGGUUUACCUUCGGAUGUCGAGUUAGACUAA